GUAAGUGAAUUUCUUAUGGUUGCUAUGGCUGCAGCUGUAAGGAUGCCCACUGCUAGUCAACCAAAAUCUAUGUCAAGACCUACACAAUGGAAUGAGGAGGUUGAAGAGGCAUACAGGUUCCAACUGGCUGGAUACAGAGAUGAAAUAGAAUACAAAGAAGUUCAUAAAACAGAUCAUGUAGACAGAUGGCCCCAUAAUGGUUAUAUCAAGAAGCUUGUUCGCAGAGACGGAUGUUUUUACUACUAUGAUAAGACCCGUGAAUGCCCAGACAAGCAAAUAAAUAAAACUAAAUUGUAUGCCUAUUAAGUUUUGCUUUGUUCAAGCUAAGUCACAGUUAUUGAAGAACAUCAACACAGGAUUUGUAAACUUUUUCCCCAAAAUUUUUAUUAAACAAUCUCAAACAUGUUUAUGCUUGUAGCUCUUGCAGCAUGUCUGUUUGCAUAUUUUUUCCUUUUUUACCAUGGCACGCUUAUAAAUAUUUUAAUGGCAUUUUUACAUAGGAUUGAGUAAAAAUUAAAUGAAAGAUAUUUAGAUAACUGAUUUUAGACAGCUUGCAUUCAAAAUUUGGUCUAUUUGUAUUCCCAAAAUGGAGUUUGUUUUUAAAAUCUCUACAAUGUAGACAUUAAAAACUUUUAAGUUAUCUAAUGUGAAGGAACAAAUAAAAGCAACUUUAUUAAGGUGCUGAAAAAUUUGCUUGUUUUAAACUUUGCUGCAUUUAAUUAACAAUUUUUUUGGGUGAAAGUUAUUAUUUUGAUAAAAUGAUAAAUUUUUGACAUUAUUUUUUUGUUGUGUGUUAAUGAUUGUGGCGUGCAUCUUAAGAUAUACUAAUUUUUCAGAUUGGCUUGUGUAAAUAGCAGGUUUUUUUUAAAUUAGCCAAGUUACUUCAUUUAGAUUACAGCUGUUUUGAUCUGCCAUUUAAAGUGUAAUUUGAUUUCAGUAUGAAAGUUGCUAUGUAUGCAAUUAUGCAAUAAAGUGAAUCAGUACACUUCA